GGCAGCGCACGGGUUAAGGCUGGCACCGCGCCCGGCGGGAGGGGGGCGCCCACCUCCCCUCCCCCCCGCGCCGGGCAUGCGGGGCCCGCUGGGACCGAGGAGGAGCUGCCGCGGCUGUUCGCCGAGGAGAUGGAGAACGAGGACGAGAUGUCAGAAGAAGAAGAUGGUGGUCUUGAAGGUUUCCAUGGCUUCUUCCCUGCGGAGCCCGUGAGCCUUCCUAAGAAGAAGAAAUCCAAGAAGCUCAAGGAGAGCAAGUCCAAAGGGAAGCGGAAGAAGAAAGAGGGGAGCAAUGAUGAGCUUUCAGAAAAUGAGGAGGAUCUGGAAGAGAAGUCGGAGAGCGAAGGUAGCGACUACUCCCCUAACAAAAAGAAGAAGAAGAAACUCAAGGACAAGAAGGAGAAAAAGGCCAAGCGGAAGAAGAAGGACGAGGACGAGGAGGACAACGAUGAUGGGUGCUUAAAGGAGCCCAAGUCCUCAGGGCAGCUCAUGGCCGAGUGGGGCCUGGAUGACGUGGACUACCUGUUCUCGGAGGAGGACUACCACACGCUAACCAACUACAAGGCCUUCAGUCAGUUCCUCCGGCCGCUCAUUGCCAAGAGGAACCCGAAGAUCCCCAUGUCCAAAAUGAUGACCGUCCUAGGUGCCAAGUGGCGGGAAUUCAGUGCCAACAACCCCUUCAAGGGCAGCUCUGCAGCAGCAGCUGCAGCGGCUGUGGCCGCAGCUGUAGAGACAGUCACCAUCGCCCCACCACUGGCCAUCAGCCCCCAGCAGGUGCCCCAGCCGGUACCCAUCCGCAAGGCCAAGACCAAAGAGGGCAAGGGGCCUGGAGUGAGGAAGAAGAUUAAAGGCUCCAAAGAUGGGAAGAAGAAGGGUAAGGGGAAGAAAGUGGCUGGGCUCAAGUUCCGCUUUGGAGGGAUCGGUGGCAAGAGGAAGAAGGGCUCUUCGAGUGAGGAAGAUGAGCGGGAGGAGUCGGACUUGGACAGUGCCAGCAUCCACAGCUCCUCCGUGCGCUCUGAGUGCUCCGCAGCCCUGGGCAAGAAGAGCAAGAGGCGGCGCAAGAAGAGGAGGAUUGAUGAUGGUGAUGGCUAUGAGACUGACCACCAGGACUACUGCGAGGUGUGCCAGCAGGGAGGGGAGAUCAUCCUGUGUGACACCUGCCCGCGGGCCUACCACCUCGUCUGCCUGGACCCGGAGCUGGAGAAGGCUCCCGAGGGCAAGUGGAGCUGUCCGCACUGUGAGAAGGAGGGGAUCCAGUGGGAGCCGAAGGAUGACGACGACGAAGAGGAGGAGGGCGGCUGUGAGGAGGAGGAGGACGACCACAUGGAGUUCUGCCGAGUGUGCAAGGACGGCGGCGAGCUGCUCUGCUGCGACGCCUGCCCCUCCUCCUACCACCUGCACUGCCUCAACCCGCCGCUGCCCGAGAUCCCAAACGGUGAAUGGCUCUGCCCGCGCUGUACUUGUCCCCCGCUGAAGGGCAAAGUCCAACGGAUCCUACACUGGAGGUGGACAGAGCCCCCAGCUCCCUUCAUGGUGGGGCUGCCAGGACCGGAUGUGGAACCAGGAAUGCCCCCACCCAAGCCCCUGGAGGGUAUCCCAGAGAGAGAGUUCUUUGUCAAGUGGGCCGGGCUCUCCUACUGGCACUGCUCAUGGGUGAAGGAGCUACAGCUGGAGCUGUACCACACAGUGAUGUAUCGCAACUACCAAAGAAAGAACGACAUGGACGAGCCGCCACCCUUUGACUAUGGCUCCGGUGACGAGGACGGCAAGAGCGAGAAGAGGAAGAACAAGGACCCUUUGUACGCCAAGAUGGAGGAGCGCUUUUACCGCUAUGGCAUCAAGCCCGAAUGGAUGAUGAUCCAUCGCAUCCUGAACCACAGCUUUGACAAAAAGGGGGACGUCCACUACCUGAUCAAGUGGAAAGAUCUGCCCUAUGACCAGUGCACCUGGGAGAUUGACGACAUUGACAUCCCCUAUUAUGACAACCUGAAGCAGGCCUACUGGGGCCACAGGGAGCUGAUGCUGGGGGAGGACGCCAGACUGCCCAAGCGGCUGAUCAAGAAGGGCAAGAAGCUGAAGGACGAUAAGCAGGAGAAGCCCCCAGACACACCCAUUGUGGACCCCACGGUCAAGUUCGACAAGCAGCCAUGGUACAUCGACUCCACAGGUGGUACGCUGCACCCCUACCAGCUGGAGGGCCUCAACUGGCUGCGCUUCUCCUGGGCACAGGGCACGGACACCAUCCUGGCUGAUGAGAUGGGUCUGGGCAAGACCGUGCAGACCAUCGUGUUCCUCUACUCCCUGUACAAAGAGGGCCACUCCAAGGGGCCCUACCUGGUCAGCGCGCCCCUGUCUACCAUCAUCAACUGGGAACGCGAGUUCGAGAUGUGGGCACCCGACUUCUACGUGGUCACCUACACAGGGGACAAGGAGAGCCGCUCGGUGAUCCGCGAGAACGAGUUUUCCUUCGAGGAUAAUGCCAUUCGGAGUGGGAAGAAAGUGUUCCGCAUGAAGAAAGAGGUGCAGAUCAAGUUCCACGUGCUGCUCACCUCCUACGAGCUCAUCACCAUCGACCAGGCCAUCCUGGGCUCCAUCGAGUGGGCUUGCCUCGUGGUGGACGAGGCCCACCGGCUCAAGAACAACCAGUCCAAGUUCUUUAGGGUCCUGAACAGCUACAAGAUCGAUUACAAGCUGCUGCUGACGGGGACGCCCCUUCAGAACAACCUGGAGGAACUCUUCCAUCUCCUCAACUUCCUGACUCCAGAGAGGUUCAACAACCUGGAGGGUUUCCUGGAGGAGUUUGCUGACAUCUCCAAGGAGGACCAGAUCAAGAAGCUGCAUGACCUGCUGGGACCCCACAUGCUCCGGCGGCUCAAGGCUGAUGUUUUCAAGAACAUGCCGGCCAAGACGGAGCUGAUCGUCCGUGUGGAGCUGAGUCAGAUGCAGAAGAAGUACUACAAGUUCAUCCUCACACGGAACUUCGAGGCGCUGAACUCCAAGGGGGGCGGGAACCAGGUGUCCCUGCUCAACAUCAUGAUGGACCUGAAGAAGUGCUGCAACCACCCCUACCUCUUCCCUGUGGCCGCUGUGGAGGCCCCUGUCUUGCCCAACGGCUCCUAUGAUGGCAGCUCCCUGGUGAAGUCUUCAGGGAAGCUCAUGCUGCUGCAGAAGAUGCUCAAGAAGUUGCGGGAUGAGGGGCACCGCGUGCUGAUCUUUUCUCAGAUGACCAAGAUGCUGGACCUUCUGGAGGAUUUCCUGGAAUAUGAGGGCUACAAGUACGAGCGGAUUGAUGGUGGCAUCACCGGGGGCCUCCGGCAAGAGGCGAUUGACAGAUUCAAUGCCCCUGGGGCCCAGCAGUUCUGCUUCCUCCUCUCAACCCGGGCCGGUGGCCUGGGCAUCAACCUGGCCACGGCAGACACGGUCAUCAUCUACGACUCGGAUUGGAACCCGCAUAACGACAUCCAGGCCUUCAGCCGUGCCCACCGCAUUGGGCAGAACAAGAAGGUGAUGAUCUACCGCUUCGUGACCCGGGCCUCUGUGGAGGAGCGCAUCACACAGGUGGCCAAGCGCAAGAUGAUGCUCACCCACCUGGUGGUGCGCCCGGGCCUGGGCUCCAAGUCGGGUUCCAUGACCAAGCAGGAGUUGGACGACAUCCUCAAGUUCGGCACUGAGGAACUCUUCAAGGACGACGUGGAGGGCAUGAUGUCCCAGGGCCAGAGGCCUGUAACGCCCAUCCCUGAUGUGCAGUCCUCCAAGGGGGGAGCCCUGGCUGCCAGCGCAAAGAAAAAACAUGGCAGCACCCCACCAGGUGACAACAAGGACGUGGAGGACAGCAGUGUGAUCCACUAUGAUGAUGCGGCCAUCUCCAAGCUGCUGGACCGGAACCAGGAUGCCACAGAUGACACGGAGCUACAGAACAUGAAUGAGUACCUGAGCUCCUUCAAGGUGGCGCAGUACGUGGUGCGCGAAGAGGAUGGCGUGGAGGAGGUGGAGCGGGAGGUGAUCAAGCAGGAGGAGAACGUGGACCCUGACUACUGGGAGAAGCUGCUGCGGCACCACUACGAGCAGCAGCAGGAGGACCUGGCCCGCAACCUGGGCAAGGGCAAGCGCAUCCGCAAGCAGGUCAACUACAACGACGCCUCCCAAGAGGACCAGGAGUGGCAGGAUGAACUCUCGGAUAACCAGUCCGAGUAUUCCAUCGGCUCCGAGGACGAGGACGAGGACUUUGAGGAAAGGCCGGAGGGGCAGAGUGGACGGCGGCAGUCCAGGAGGCAGCUGAAGAGUGACAGGGACAAGCCCCUGCCCCCUCUGCUUGCUCGAGUCGGUGGCAACAUUGAGGUCCUGGGCUUCAACGCCCGACAGCGGAAAGCCUUUCUGAACGCCAUCAUGCGCUGGGGCAUGCCGCCCCAGGACGCCUUCAACUCCCACUGGCUGGUGCGAGACCUCCGCGGAAAGAGUGAGAAGGAAUUUAGAGCCUAUGUGUCCCUCUUCAUGCGGCACCUGUGUGAGCCGGGGGCAGACGGCGCGGAGACCUUUGCGGACGGCGUGCCCCGGGAGGGCCUCUCCAGGCAGCAUGUGCUCACGCGCAUCGGGGUCAUGUCACUGGUUAGGAAGAAGGUUCAGGAGUUUGAGCAUGUCAAUGGGAAGUACAGCACCCCGGACUUGGUUCCUGAGGGACCUGAGGGCAAGAAGCCAGGCGAGGUCGUCUCCUCAGACCCCAACACGCCAGUGCCUGCCAGCCCUGCCCAUCUCCCGCCUGCCCCACUGGGCCUGCCAGACAAAAUGGAAACACAGCUGGGCUACUUGGAUGAGAAGGAACCAGUGGUGCAGAAGCCAAAGAAGCCCCUGGAUGUCCAGGCCCUGCCAACUGCCAUGGACAGAGGGGAGGGUGAGGACAAGCACGAGAGCUCAGACAGCAAGGAGCGAGCCCGAGAGGAGCGGCUGGAGGAGGUGGAGAAGGCCCAGCCCUCCCCAGAGCAGCUGCCCAAAGAGGAAGUGCCUCCUGAGAAGGAGCAAGCUCUUGACAAGCUGGAGCUAAGCUUGAGUCACAGCAGAGGGGACGGCAGUGACUGCAGGCCAGAUGACCCCAAAGCCGAGGAGAAGGAGCCUGCUGAGACACAGCAAAAUGGUGACAGAGAGGAGGACGAUGAGGGGAAGAAGGAGGAGAAGAAUGGGAAGUUCAAAUUCAUGUUCAACAUUGCUGACGGGGGCUUCACAGAGCUGCACACUCUGUGGCAGAAUGAGGAACGUGCCGCCGUGUCCUCGGGAAAGAUCUAUGACAUCUGGCACCGGCGCCACGACUACUGGCUGCUGGCGGGCAUUGUGACGCAUGGCUAUGCCCGCUGGCAGGACAUCCAGAAUGACCCGAGGUACAUGAUCCUCAACGAGCCCUUCAAGUCUGAGAUCCACAAGGGCAACUACCUGGAGAUGAAGAACAAGUUCCUGGCCCGCAGGUUCAAGCUGCUGGAGCAGGCGCUGGUCAUUGAGGAGCAGCUCCGCAGGGCCGCGUACCUCAACAUGACCCAGGACCCCAACCACCCAGCCAUGGCCCUCAACGCCCGUCUGGCCGAGGUGGAGUGCCUUGCUGAGAGCCAUCAGCACCUGUCCAAGGAGUCCCUUGCCGGGAACAAGCCUGCCAAUGCCGUUCUGCACAAGGUCUUGAACCAGCUGGAGGAGCUGCUGAGCGACAUGAAGGCGGAUGUGACACGCCUGCCCUCCAUGUUGUCGCGCAUCCCCCCCGUGGCCGCCCGCUUGCAGAUGUCGGAGCGCAGCAUCUUGAGCCGCCUGACCAACCGUGCUGGGGACCCCACCAUCCAGCAGGGCGCUUUCGGCUCUUCUCAGAUGUACAACAGCAACUUUGGGCCCAACUUCCGGGGCCCUGGACCGGGAGGGAUCGUCAACUACAACCAGAUGCCCCUGGGGCCCUAUGUGACCGAUAUCUAGCCGUCCCCGUGACUUCCCCCUGUUGCAGCGCUCAUGUCCAGCUGAGCCACGCUUACCGGGCCACCUGCCUGACCCCCACGGGAGAGGAAAGCUGCUGCCUUUUUAGAACCGGUGCCACCUUGUGACAGAAAGGGAAAUGGAGUAGUGCCAUCAUCGCAUGGAGGACGAGGCCCAGCCUGGCUGGGCCGGAGCCCAGAAGUGCCACCUCGUCGAGAUUCAGUGUUCUUCUACACAGCGUCACACCUGCCACCAUGCCGGACACGCCCCUCGCCACCUUCUCCAGAACGACUUCUUAGAGAGAUUUCAUUUAUCUUUUGCACAUUCCUAUUGAAGAUUCGGACGUGUUUGUCUUGAUAAAAGUUGGAUGACGUACGGAAGAUUCUGACCCUCAGCACUCACGCCUGUCACCGGGCUCCAGUCCUAAGGGGAAGCUCCCUGGAGGCCCUGGCACCACCCUGCAGGCUCAGCCCAGCUGGGGAGAGCUCAGUGUGUCUGCUCUGGUGUGACUGCCCUCCUGCUCCAACCCCUGCCUGCCCGGUACCCCCGGAACCAGAUGGGCCAGGCGGGAGCAUGGCCACCUCGCUCCAGUGGAGGAGAUGCUGGCUGAUGCCUGAUCAGACAGGGUGUUUCCUGUCUCCUUCCUGCCAGGGCUCGUAGACCACCAGGGAGAUGCCGUCUUCUGGGGGUUACCUGUCUGUCCCGGGCCCAGCACGUCCUGAAGGCCUGGGCUCUGGCUACCAGCAGAGAGGCCCCGGAAGUCAUGGCAGGCUUCAGCAUGUGCACCCAGGGAGGAGGGGGCCCCAAUCUGUCAGAGCCACUGCAGGAGGGGAAUGGGAGGCUUGUCAUCUGCUGGGGGUGUGGUUAUGGCAGGCGAGAGCUGUGCCCUGGUAAGGAGGGACAUGGUCACUGGAUGGCCCAGGAGACCCUGCCCUGUCCUGUGCCCUGGGAGGCCUGUCCCGCCCACCUUUGGGUACAGACUUCUGUGCACAGUCUUCUGGACUGCCCUCUGAGGCCUGGACUCCUCCUUUUUUCUGUCCCUGGGUAGUCCUCCAUCGGGACUUGCUGCAUGAGGCAGGGGCCACAGCUGCCCUUGCUGAGUUCUUGGAGGGUGUGGGGAGAGCUCUGCCGUGAGGGGGGACUAGUCCAUGGCCUCUGGAGGCCCUUCCUGGCAGGAGCCUCCCAGCUCCUGCGUCUUCUGCAGGAAUGCCUUGGAGCCUGCACCCUCUUCCCACGCGUCCACCGUCGGAAUCCCUCCCCCUGCUCCAUCCCACCUUGUACCGGCCCGAUGUGGGAUGGGGGCUUGGGAGCUGGCCAGGCCUGGGCCCGUGGUCCGAUCCUCCCACUGGCUGCAGCUCGGCCUGGAGGGGUUGUGCAGCCUUGAGCGGGGCGCCUCCCAGGGCGAGUCCAGGGGGCGUCCUCUGAGGGUGCAGUGAGCAACGGGCUGAGCAGCAAGAGGGGCCAGACUGCUCCCUGGGAGAGGCAUGAGGGGCACAGUCUCUGGGCUGCCUGGGGCGGAAGGGAGGCCAGGAGCGGUAGCAAGCCUCGGGCUCGUCUCCCGGACACUCGGGCAAAUACCUGGCCCUCCUAAAGCCCUGGGUGUGCUCACCUCUAACAUGGCUCUUUCUGACUCCCUGGAGGGCCAGAUCCCAAGGUCCCCUCCAUCUUGGCAGGUCCCUGCUCCAGCCUUGAUCCAGAUCUCCAAGUCUGGCCUGGCUCUGGUUGGGGGGUGGGCAGCCUGAGGUGGAGAGGACUGGAGCGUCAGUGGACUUGAGCACCGCAGAGUCCAGGUGUGGUUGGCCCUGCCCCCCGGGGGGGCGGCCCUUGUGGCAGGCAGGGUCCUCAGCAAGCCUUUGUGGUCCAUCUGCACCACUGGCCUCCGGUCAGUGCCCCUUCAGAGCCUCCUGGCUCAGGCCAGGAGAGAUGGCCUGCCUUGAGCUAACUCCCCAGCUUGUGCUGUCGUCCCUACAUGGGCAGGCAGUCACCCCCGGUGGCCCCUGGGAGCAGCCCUACCGUGCCCCAUGGAGCAGGGUCCUGAGUGUUAGGCCUGGAGGAACGUGCCAGGCACGGCAAGGGUCUGUCUCCCUGGCCCCACCCAAGGGCUGGUGGUCUCUCCUGGUUGUGCCUCCUCCCUGGAAACCUUGCUCUGUCCCUCCCUCUGAUUCUUCCCAGGCCUGUCCCAGGCCCCCUUUCCCCUUCACUGCUAGGCUGGGUGGCACCCACCGUCCGCCUGGCCCUCGGAAGAGCUGUGUUCUCCACGAACAGCACCCAGGAAACCUAGGAGGUGGGCUGCAGAGUGGGGGUGGUUUCCUGCUUGGUCAGUUUGGGCUGGGGAAAGAAAAGGUUUUCCAGAACAUUUUCAUCUUUGCUCCUGAGUUAUUUCCUGCCACGGCUGUGGUGGGGAGCAGGGGGCUGGGUGAGGCCUGCCUUGGCAUCUUCAGGCUGUUUGGAUUUGCCGCUCACGGCCUCCAACCCUCAGGCCCCGGCCAGGCAACCUGCCCUCCUGCGUCCCCGCUUCCCAGCCGAUUUUCAUCCAGUGUGAGGAGGGUUUCUGCUGAACUUCCUUUGGGCCAAAGGCUCAGAAGGCUGCCAGGUGACACGGUGCUUGGGUUGGAGAGGUCACAUCUGAGGGUGCCCCUCACACACCCUGCCAGGAGCCUCCUCUGUCUCCCUGAGACCUGAUAGGGAGCCCCCUGAGAGGCACCAGGAGGCUCCCCUGUUUCCUGCAGAUCUGGCUUAUUUCAGAGGCUGGCUGGACUUCCCUUGUCCCACAUGCCUGAGGUCCUCCUGUGUGCCGGGGCUUCCUUCCCAGAGUCCUCUGGGUGCUCUCCACCAGAUCUGGGGUUGACCAGCACUUGGCCUACUGCCCUCACUUCCGUCUCGGUUCCCAGGGCCAUCGAGGGCCCGAGAGGGUGGCAUAGAGGGUAAGCUUGGGACCUGUGGCCGCCAGUGUGUGCAGGGAGGGGCGAGGCUGACACACCCCUCUGCCCCUGCUGUCCUGGUGGCCUGGCUGUAGCUGUGGGUGGACGGUGCCUGGGCCGCCCCAGUGGGGAACUGCUGUGCCCGCAGGUCCCGCGGAGUUUACAGGUUGUGGCUGUUAGCCCAAGGCGUGGGGGUUGUGGUGUCUACGGAUUUUUUUCCCUUAAUUUUCAGAUUUUUUUUUUAAACAAAGUAUUUUUUUAGGUGCGAUAACCCAGAAAGGGCCUGUUGGGUGUGUGUGUGUGUGUCCUGGCUCUUCACACGGAGGUCGGCGCCCGCCUGGCAGCUCCUGGCUCGGCCUGGAGAGGAGGGAAGGCCGCCCGAGCAGCUGAGGGGACCUUGCCUGCCCAGGCACAGUCGCAGGCUGGCCGAAGGAGGGGCCUGGCGCUCUGGCCGCUUGAGAGGGUCUCAGCCACGGGGUCCCCAGCGGGGCAGGGGUGGGACCUUGGACUGAGUUCCCUGGGGGUUGUGACUCCCCGUCUCCCACGGGAGGCUGGCAGAGACCACAGGCAACACAGUCACCUUUACUUUGUACUCUGUGUGUAUGUUUUGGUUUCUGUGUUUUAAUAAACCCUUUGGGAAGGGAC